GUAUAAGUUGCUGAUGCUCUGAAUUUUCAGAAUACGCUUUCGAUCAUUAUCAUCUUCUGUAUCGAUAGGUUAUUAUACCAUCUCUUGGUCAUGUCUACAGGGACAACAGUGAUGCUGAAGAUGACCGUAAGUUCCUUCUAUCGGACUUUUCUAUCUCCCAUGCAGGUGUUCCAAGGAUUUGAGCCAUACAUGUACAUGCUCCUUGCCAUUAAUUCCAUACCUCGCGAGGACUAUAAAGCACCCAAACUGCGGACUGUCGCCCAUGGUGCAUUCAGAUAUUCCAGGUCCUUUGUGCAAUUUUUGCAUGUCGCAAGCAAUCACGCUACCAAUGACUGCACUCCACCUCUUGCAAUGUUGAGGUCCCAGGCUCAUCCCAAAUAGUUCGUGACAGUUGAGG